AUGACUUCCUCCGCGAACCAACAGCAACCCUUCCCACCUGUGCCUCCAUCUAUGUCCGCUGGCGAUAGUCAUGAGAUGCGAGACUACUACCCACCGCAAGAUGCACCACGACCUACAAUAAACCAGACACCAAACUUCAAACCAUACCUCGGCCUUCGAGCUAGGCUCUCACAGAUAUGGAUCAAUCGAUGGACCAUUCUACUACUGCUCAUCCUUGUGCGACUCUUAAUCGCCAUCGCAAGCACUGACUCAAGUCUCGUUUCCGCCCGCCGGGAAGCCCUUAGUGCUUGCAACCAAGUCGAGAAUAUCGGCAGCUCCAUGGCCUCAAUGCCCCACUACAUGUCCAAGGGUCUCAACGAAAUGACUGCCUCCAGCGUCGAAAAGGCCAUCAGCGGCCUCAUGAAGAUGCUCGAAAUGAGUGUCACGGGUGUCGAGGAAAUUAUUCUGUUCGUCAUUCACAUGAUGACAAGUACCUACCUUUGCCUCAUCACCCUUGCCGUCAGUGGCAGUCUUCAUGCUGCUGUAGAGAUCGGCGACGCAAUCAACAAACAACUCAACGAGACUAUCAACUCCGUCACUGAUGACAUGGGCGACGCCGUCAAAUCCGUCUCGGACGGUAUCAACUCCAUUAUGGGUAAACUCAACUUCAACAUUCCGGGAUUCAAGAAGCCAGAAAUCAAUCUGGACGACCAGAUCAAGAAGCUGAAGUCGCUGGAGAUGCCUCCUGAGAUGACAGAGGGUCUUCAGAAGCUCAACCAGUCAAUCCCCACCUUCAAAGAUGUGCAGAACUUUACGGAUAACAUCAUCCGCCUGCCGUUUGAGGAGGUCAAAAAGUUGAUCAAGGGCAUGGACACCUUUGAGUUCAACCGAUCAGUCCUUCCAGUGCCACAGAAGGAGGCACUAACCUUCUGUUCCGACGGCAACUCUAUCAAUGGGUUCUUCGAUGAUCUCAUCGAGUUGGCCUAUAACGCACGGAAGAUUGCUCUCGGUGUCCUCAUCGCUGCAGCUAUCCUUGUUUGCGUCCCCAUGGCUUGGAUGGAAACCCGCCGCUACCGGAAGAUGCAAGAACGCGCUGCUCUCUUUCAAGAGGGCCACGAGGGCAUGGACGUCGUAUAUCUUGCGUCCCGCCCGACUUCUUCCGGCAUCGGCCUGUGGUUCGGAAAGCGCUUCGGCUCAGCUCGACGACAAGCUGUAAUCCGCUGGGCCUGGGCUUAUGCCACUUCCAUCCCUAUGAUGUUCCUCAUUUCCCUGGGUGUCGCCGGUCUAUUCUCCUGCUUCUGUCAAUAUCUCUUGUUGAAGGCCAUCGAAGACAAGACCCCGGAACUCACGGAUCAAGUCGCUGACUUUGCCGGAAAAGUCGUUUCCUCGCUCAACAAUGCCGAACUGCUUGCGAACCCGAACGGCAAAGCAAAGGACGAGAUCACCGAAGCUGUCGACCGUGUUAUUGACAAGUUGAUGAGCGGUAUUCAAAACGAAGCGCUCAUUUCCACGGCCCUGGUCGUCGUAUGGCUAUUCAUUGCCAUCGGCGGCCUCGUGUACGCUUCGAUUCAUCUCUUCCGUCGCGACGAUCCAGAACUUGGACGCAACCCAUACAUUGUUGACCCUUCCCAUGACCAUGAGCCCAAACCCAGUGCCGACUAUCCUACUACUGCACCGCCACAAUAUGUGCCCAACGACUACAACGUCAACAAAGCAGCGCCAUAUACGCUUGCGCCCCGGCCCUUCUCUACCUUUGAACACAACGACAGUAUCCAACCAGCGACAGAGAAGGUCGGCCAAGUUGGUGCACGCGCGGUGACGGAGUCCGCAAGACCCGGACACCUACGUGUGAGUAGUCAUGGUCAACUCGCUGAUCCCUCCCCGGCCGAUGACCGCGCCGGUCCAUUCUCGAAUCAAUACGCUCAGUCGCCAUAUCCGCAAGAAAAGCAACAGCAGAAUCCGUUCAUCUAA